AUGGCGGCUUCCAUCAGCAGCGAUUAUGAUUCUGAUUAUUCCUCUAUCUCUUCUGAAGAGGAUUCCAAGAUUUUUGUGGCCAAGUCACGUGCCAAUGCGGAUCAUGCUAAGGAGAUAAUAAACCGGAUGUCCCUCGAUGAGAUGAAAGCGGCUCGUGGUGAAAUCUUGAAGAGAAAAGAGAGGGAUGAGAUAAUAGCUGAUUAUCGAGAGAAGAGACGUAGAAAUCAGCAAAAAAUACUAAAAGCUGAGGAGAAACUUCGAUCUCGUCCUGAUGGUGUAGCUUCAAAAACUCAGAUGCUUCAGAUGCCGAGGAAGAAUUCAAAUAGUGAUCUCGUCGAAGAAGAAGAAUUCCCUAGCUCGGACAGUGAUUCUGAAAAAGAGUCUGAUGAGGAUUCAACAGAGGAUGAUGAUGAUGCUGAUGACGAUGAAUCCGAUGAUUAUUCUUGCUUGCGAAUAUUUCUGAAAUUAUCUAUUUGA